AUGAACCCGCAAACAGCUAUGAGGCAAACCUUUGCCAGUCCAAGGCAGAGCCUGGCCAUGGUCGAAACAAUGAGGCAAUCAGUCUCUAAUUUGGACAACUUGAGCAAUGUACCCCACGUGGGGAUCCACGAUGCCAAUGAGGAUUCACUAAGUGAACUAAGCAUUGGCACCAGUAGCGAUGAGGAAGUUAGCAUAGGUGACAGCAGCGACGAUGAAAUCAGCAUUGGUGACAGCAGUGACGAGGACAGUAGCGAUGAGGAAUUAAGCAUUGGAGACAGCAGCGACGAGGAACUGGAAGCAGAGAAUGAGGAAUCAAAGAGUGGUGAAGCUGAAGCGAAUCAGAAGGUUGUUAAACCCAGAAAACCGAAAACCAAGAAAGUGCGACGGCCCGUUCGUCGAGUUAAGUCCGCUGAUGUGGCACAUCCUGCUGCUCUCAAGAGAGCUUCUACCUCCGAUGAUUCUUGCCCGCAUUGUCAUUGUCAUAAGACCAAAAGUCGAGGUGUACGCAGGACUAAGAGCUUGGUUGGACAAGGGGAUGAUCUACCAGUGCACUCUUCCUCUCACCGUGUCACAAAACGACGGUCCCAUCGCCGCACAACCAAGAGUGUUUCCACGGCUCCCAUUGCUCGAGGUCAGCGUGGAUCUUCUCAUAAGCGUGUUAGCAAAGGUACCACGAGGAAGAGGCUCUCAAGGAGUCUAUCUCCAGCUCGAGUUUCACAUCACUCUGGACUCAGCUCGACACAUCGUCGCCGUACAAGGAGAACUAAUACUGGAGCAGAGGCCACUACUGUGUCACGUCACAGUCGUCGCAAGAGGCGUAGCUACCGAUCCAGGGCCAAUGACCAGAUAGCACGAGCAUUGGACGAGCCGUCAGAACCACCAAAAGAGGAAGACGCUGGCAGUGAUACAGAAAGUGGGGAAGAGUUUGCAGAAGAAGUCAAUGAGAAAAGUACAUCAAAGUUGAACCCAGGAAGCAUCUUUUCCCAAGUGACAAAAGCCACAAGCAAGCUGACUAAGCAAGCUGUGAAGGUUACUGAAAAGGUUGUUAGUGCUGUUAUCGAAACCACAGAGAAAAGCUAUGAGACCAUAGUUGGUGAUAGCACAGGCUUUUCAUUGCCAGCGCAAGCGCAGGCGGCAUAA